AUGAAGUUGACUCUCUUCUCCAUCGCGGCUCUCUGCGCCCCAGUCGCCCUCGGCGGCGUUGCAAGGCCUUUUGAAAUGGAGAAACGUGAUCUCUACAUGCUGGAUAAGCACACCAGCGCCCCUUGCCAGCUUGCCCUUGAAUGUGAGCAGUACGCCGACCGCGGCUUCAAGAACGGUGGUUCCGGCUCCGCCAUUUCGGCAAAAGCCGGCGAUGCCAAGGCAGAUGCCGCUUCGUCCAGCAGUUUUGCCGAAGGCAACGAGGCAGAGUAUGCCAGGUGCGCGAAGCAGAUUCAGGCCUGCGGCCUACAUGUAAAGAAAAUUGUCAAGCGACCCCAUCACAAGCCGCAGAAGGCGCAGGAAGAGGAAGAGGAGGAGGACGAAGGGGAGAAAUCCAAGAAACACGGCAAGAAGAAGAGCAACUUGGAUGAGAAGAAGGAUGAAGAUGAAGAUGAAGAUAACAAGGGUAGGAAGGGUAAGAAGGGCAAGAAGGAGAGCUCUGGAGACGAGGAGUAA